AACUUCACGAAGAAAUUCUCAGAACACAAAGCUUAGAGGGAAGUUUCUCUCACUACUUUCUCCCCCCCCCCCCUUUCUCUCUAAAUCCCGCUUCUCUGGAGCCCUUUCUGUAUCAUCUCUGUCUUCUCAACAAGCGUUUUCGAAGGUUUCGAUUUGGCUUUCAAUCGAUUAAUUCGGAGUUUUUUUUGGGAGACGGGUGUUUCAGAAUCGAGAUCCAGAUUUUUCACUGAUUUUCAGCAGACUUUUACAGUUUUUUUUUGGGUUUUUUAUUAGGGUUUUGUUGGUUUUGCUUUUGAGGUAAUCAGCUAAGAGGGUUCGUUUUUUGUCCCUCUGGUUGUUUCUCUCUCUACCCUAUUUCAGGGCAUCUCUUUUCUUCGCAUUUUUUUGUUUUCUCUCUCUUCUGUACAUGCUUGCUGGUACUUGCCGGAGACUGUGUUUUAAUUAGGGUUUUCGCACGGGUUGAUCUGCUUUCCAGAACAAGUUUAGAUAGAGAGUGUGUGACUUGGGCUUUUUUUUCCUUAUGCCAAGUACUUCUCUCUGCUCCUUGUCGUGUAAAGUGAAAUCUGGUGCUUUCUCUUUCUACCUACCUCUUCUUUUCUCUCUCUAGAACUCUCCCUUGAACCCCUGUGUUCUGGUUUUAUAAGAAACAGGCAGGUUCCUUUUCUUCUUCUCUUUCUCUCCCUAUAAACAGAGUCAUGGCAACAGCUGUGGGGACUUAUAGUAGUGUGCCCCUAUUCUCAGAUCCUUUAGAGGAGUUGAUGAAAGUACUGGAACCUUUUAUCAAAGGUGCUUCACCUCCUCAAGAGGACCCAUCUCUCCUUCCUAACAACCCCUCAUCUUCUUCUCUCUCUUCCUCUCCUCUCUCUACAAAUCUACAUUCUCUCUCUACAGAUCUCCAAUUCUCACGUAACCCAUCAUCUGUAUAUCCAUCCUCUAGCCUCUCAACCCCCUCUUCCUCUUCUCCCAUGGUUUCACAGGGUGUCUUCGUGCCUGAGCCCGCUUUCUUGUCAAUGGCUCAUGAGCACAGAACCGACAUCCAGCCCACCUUGAAUCCACUUCAAAUCCAAGCCCAAGCCCACCUUCAAUGGCAACAACAGCAACAGCAAUCUAUCCAGUUUCACCAUUCUCAUCCUCAAGCCCAUCAAAGGCUCAACCCCUUGGCGUUUCUUGGACCCAGGGCUCAACCCAUGAAGCGAAUGGGUGCACCCAGGGCCAUGAACCAUGGAUCCACUGGGUCCAAGCCCGCUAAGCUAUAUCGAGGAGUGAGGCAGAGGCAUUGGGGGAAAUGGGUUGCAGAGAUCAGACUCCCUAAAAAUCGAACCAGGCUAUGGCUCGGCACCUUCGACACAGCCGAAGAAGCUGCUCUUGCCUAUGAUAAAGCUGCCUACAAAUUAAGGGGAGACUAUGCCAGGCUUAACUUCCCCCACCUCAGGCAUCACCUAGGGUUUAAUGGUGGGAAUGAGCUAGGUUCUUUGCAAUCUUCAGUUGAUGCUAAGCUUCAGGCCAUUUGUCAGGGCUUGGUGGGUUCGGGUCAAGUAUCUGUACCGAGUGCGACUGGACUUGUGAAGACCGAGGAAGUGACCUCAGUGGUAGGUUCGGAGAGUGAGGAUUCAGGCGAGGUGGCCGGAAAUUCAUCGCCCUCCCCGGAUUUGUCACCGGAUUCCGGCGUGAAGCAGCCAGAUUUCUCAGGGCCACCUUGGGAUGAUUUGGACGCUUAUCUUUUGAUGAAGCUUCCUUCUUUGGAUCAAGACUUGAAUUGGGAUCUCAUCUUGUCUGAUGUCUAAUCCCUCUUUUCCCCUUCCUUGUUGAUUAGUUCUUGUAAUGUUUUUGGGGUUUUUCUUUGUUUAAUUUUGUUAAUUUGGGCAGCUGUUGCAAUGGGUUUUUGCUUUGCAACGCUCGUUCAGAGGUUUAGGGUCAGGUUAACGUGAAUUAUGUUUGGGUUAAUCAUGGUUUUAGGGUUAUUUUUUGAGGUUUGUCACCUUUAGUGAUUAGGAUUUAAGCCCGGUUUUUGCUGGUUUUGUUGCAAAAACGGGCAAAGCGGCAGUCCGCUUAUUAGUUUGUUUGAUGUAAUUAAUAUAAAAUAGUCAAUUGUAUUUGUGUUUGGGAAUUAUGUGCCUCUUUGUUUGUUAUUAUUCUUGUUUCCCAUUUAUGUUUAGUAAGCGAUGUCAAUGAAUUUGUAGUGUCAGUAUUU